AAUGGGAGGAUCUCCAUAGCAUUAGUGAUCUCGACAUUCAAAUGCUCAUAACUCUUCUAUUGCUAGUCCUAUUUUACUCAAACUUUUGUUGAUAUUCUUUGAUUUUUCUGCUUUCACAAAAGCUAACUUGCUCCAAGAGUUUCAUUCGAUCAUAUCUCCUUUAUUUUAAUCAAUGUACUUAUUGGUCGCUAGAGAUGAGCCACAAGUUCUGCUAUCCUUAGGCUUGGCCUGGUCACAAGAAGGAUGUGUAUCGAAGAUUUACUCGAAGGAAUAUUGUUUGCAGACGAUGAAUAGCAUGAUGCAAAGAACAACAAGACUUGUUUCAUCUUGUAGACUUCAACUACAGGUGUUUGCAGCAUGUCACAGUCACUCGCAUACAGCAAGGCAUAGUGUGUUUCACUUUCCUAGUCUAAAAACACAUGGAGGAGAGGCUAAUGUUUUGCAUAAUGGCAGAGUUUUUAAACGGAAUCUGUCAGCAUUAUCACAACGUAGAUCAGAGUCAGACAUUUGUAAACUCCAAAGAGCUCUUUGCAGGAAUUUGAAACAAAGCUCGUCAUUGCUAUGUCAGAUGAACCAAGUUAAUUGCAUAUGUUUCGGUCCAAGGAGAUUCAAGGAUAGUAGACAGAUGUUGAAUAGACCGGUACAUCAUCAUUUCUCAACAAUAGCUUCAUAUUCUGUACUGAAUGUUUGCCGCAAGAGAAGAUAUAACCAGUCUGCAGUCACUAGUGCCUUCACAUGUUGCAGAGUUCAAAGGUAUGGAUCCAGUGCUGUUGGAAAUGAGACCGGUGAUCCCCUCUCACCUAAGAGCCCACAGUUCAGAUGCUACAUGGAUCAUCUGAGAAAUGAGCACCAGGCCAUCUCAGAUAGACUUCAGGGAGGGGAGCCGUUGUCAGACUCUAAACAGAAGGAGCUCAGGGGAUCCAUGAUGGAGCUUGGUGAGAUCCUUGAGAAAUGGACCGAGCUGAUUUCAAUGGAAGAAGAGAACAAUGAAAUUCAGCAUCUUAUCCAAGAUGGUCAUGAUAAAGAGAUGCAGGAUCUAGCUCUGUCUGAGAAGGAUCAACUUCAGGAUAGGAUUGAAGAUGUAUCACAAGAGUUGGUUGACCUUCUAAUGUCAUCCGAAGAGACUGAUGAUAAUGAUGUCAUAAUGGAGUUUUCAGCAGGUGUGGGAGGUCAAGAAGCUAUGCUGUUUGCCUCUGAUAUGUUUGACAUGUAUCAACGAUAUGCAUAUUACAGACGUUGGUCCUUUACAAUCCUCGAGUACUUUACCUCAGAUAUAGGUGGAUUAAGGCAUGCUACCGUUAGUAUCACUGGUGAUCAAGCUUAUCGUCUUCUAAGACAGGAGGCCGGCGUCCAUCGUGUUCAGAGGGUACCAAAGACAGAGAGACAAGGGCGUAUACAUACAAGCACCAUGUCAAUAGCGGUACUUCCACAACCUAAAGAGAUUGAUCUGAAAUUGGACCCUAAAGAUCUGAGGAUUGAAACAAAGAAAGCUAGUGGAGCAGGAGGUCAGCAUGUGAAUACAACGGACAGUGCUGUUAGAAUUACCCAUAUACCAACAGGUAUCUCGGCUGAAAGUCAACAAGAGCGUUCCCAACACAAGAAUCGUUCGAUUGCCAUGACGAUGCUACAGACUCGAAUCUACAACCGGAUCCUUGAAGACCAGACCAACUCUGAAAGAUCGAUGCGUCGUUCACAGGUGGGCACAAGAGGGCGCUCUGAAAAGAUUCGUACUUAUAAUUACCAGCAAGAUAGGAUCACGGACCAUCGGAUCAGUCGUAGUAUCCAUGGAGUAAUUGAGUAUCUACUAGGAUCUGAACACUUAGAUGAAAUGAUGGUUAGUUGUAUGGAAGGCGAGGAGUGUCAGAAUAUACACGAAAGAAUCCUAGAAGUUUAUGAUAUGAGCAAAGAGAACUCAAGAUAGGAUCACGGACCAUCAGAUCACUCAUAGUAUCAAUGGAGUAUCUACUAGGAUCUGAACUCUUAGGUGAGAUGAUGGUUAGUUGUAUGGAAGGCGAGGAGUUGGAAGGGGGAGGGGUCACUGUUACUAGCAGGUAGACCUAAUGGUCGUAUACAGAUUUCCCCAGAAUUUCUCUAUUGAUUUGCCCAUCUUACAGUACCCUAAACAAAUAUAUAUUUAUUCCCUAAACUAAAUGAUGUCUCAAAUGUUGUAUUGUAAUGAAAAUGUGAAGCUUAUAUCCUUUCCAUGAAAUUUUAUACCCUUUUUACUGGAUGUGCUGAUAUUUUACUUGUUAUUUUAAAUGUGCAUUGUGGGCAACUUACUUUUUGUAGUUGUCCUAUAUUGAACAAAUUUACUUGAAAUUAAAGCAUCUUCAAAAUGAA